CAUAUAAACAAUGAUCAUGUAAAACUCAAGACGACAGUGAAUGAUGGAAAAGGUGCUCAGUACUGCGCCCUCCUCCUCCUCCUCCUCAGGGGCCAAUACCCAGGGAAGCAAUUCAGGGAGACCGAUACGGUUCGUGUACUAUGCUGAUAAUGGCAAGUUUCAGCUGGACCCAGAUGCCAUUCAUGUUCUUCACCAAAUUAAAGGGCCCGUCGCCGUUGUCUCUGUAUGUGGCCCUACUCGUCAGGGUAAAAGCUUCAUCUUGAACCAGCUUCUUGGUAGGAGCACUGGAUUUCAAGUUGCAUCAACCCAUCAACCACAUACUAAGGGGCUUUGGAUGUGGAGUGUGCCAUUGAAGAGGACUGCAUUGGAUGGAACUGAAUAUGGUCUUUUACUGUUGGACAGUGGAGGAAUCAAUGCUUAUGAUCAAACAGGAAUGUACAACAUCCACAUAUCCUCCUUGGCAGUCCUCUUAUCAAGCUUGUUUAUUUACAACCAGGGAGGUGUUAUUGAUGAAGCUGCACUUGAUCGUCUCUCUCUUCUCACUGAAAUGAGUAAGCAUAUUCAUGGUAGAGCCUCUGAAGGAAAGGACUCAAUCUCUGAACUUGGGAACUUAUCUCCAGUCUUCGUGUGGCUUUUAAGGGAUUUUUACCUGGACUUGAUUGAAGAUAAUACAAAAAUAACACCUCGUGAUUACCUAGAGCUUGCCUUGAGGCCAGUUCUGGGUAGUGGAAAGGAUACUGGUGCCAAAAAUCAGAUUCGUGAGUCCAUUCGAGCUGUUUUUCCAAAUCGUGAAUGCUUUACUCUUGUCCGUCCUUUGAACAAUGAGAUUGACCUUCAGCAUCUUGACCGAGUUUCAUUGGACAAAUUUCGACCAGAAUUUCUAUCUGGGCUUGACGCAUUUACAAAGUUUGUUUACGAAAGAACUAAGCCCAAGCAAGUAGGAGGUACUGUUAUGUCAGGACCUUUUCUUGCUGACAUCACAAAAUCUUUCUUGGAUACUCUUAACAAUGAUGUCAUUCCCAAAAUAUCUUCCUAUUGGCAGGACUAUGCAAGAGAUGCAUUUGUGGAGGCAGAUUUACAAUGUUCAUAUGCUAUACAAAGCAUGGAAAAAGAAUUGCAAGGAGCAUGCCUAGUUGCUGAUGCCAAAAUGGAAAAUGUUGUUAUGGUUCUUGAAGGUCUUUUGUCUGAGUAUAAAGCAUCCGCUCAUGGUCCAAUGAAAUGGCAGAAGCUGUCCUCCUUUUUGCAGAAGAGUUUGCAAGGGCCAAUACUCCACCAUGCUAAGAAGCUGAUAGAUGAGGUUUCUUCAGAGAAGAGCUCCUUCAUGGUGAAAUGUAACUCAUUUGAACAUAAGAUUGAUUUGCUUCAAAUGCAGCUGCAAGCAAGUGAGAAGCUAAAAGCUGAAUGUCAAAAGUAUUAUGAAGAUGCCAUAAAGGACUUCAAGAAGCUCUCUGAUCAAUAUAAGAGCCGUAUAAUUGAGCUGGAGCACAAGUGCGAUAUAUUAGAGGAGAGAUGUUCUAGUUCACUUGAAAUGUUGGAUUCUGCAAAGCAGGAGUCCGUGGAAUGGGAAAGAAAAUAUGAAGCAAUUUUGACCAAGAAAAGAACAAUUAAUGACAAUGCCAAAUCAGCAGUUCUCGAGUCUGGAAUUGGUGAAGCAGAAGCAAGAAUUGCUGCUGCAGUUGAACAAUCUAGGCUGGCUUGGAAAGAGGCUAAUGAAUGGAAACAGAAGUGUGAUAUUGCUGUCAAUGAAGCCAAAGAUGCUGCAGAGAAGGCUGCUGAAGAGGCAAAACUUAGAGAAGAAGCUCUGAGAGCUGAAUUCACCCACAGUUUGGCAGCAAAGGAUGAAGAAAUCAAUGAGAAGGUAGCUAAACUUCAUGAGGCUGAGCAAAGACUAACCACUUUGACUUUGGACUUGACGGCUGCUGAAACAAAGAUGAAAAAUUAUGACUUAGAAUCAUCUGCUUUAAAGCUUCAAAUCAAAGACUUAGCUGAAAAGUAUGAGUGCGCCAAAGCUGCUGCUCAAUCAAUGGAGAGGGAAGCUCAGACGCUGGUAGAAGACAAAAUCCAACUGGAGCAGAAGUACCUUGCUGAAUUAAAAAGAUUUGAGGAAGCACAUGAAAGAUGCAAAGCUGUAGAAGAGGAAAUUAAGAUAGCAAAUGCGGUCAUUGAAACAGCACAAUCAGAAGUGCUAACUUCUCAAAAUGAAAAGCAUGACACUCAACAGCUCACAAUAGAUAGAUUUGCCCAGACUAGAAGUGCACAUUGUUAUAAUGAGAUCUUGGAAAGAGAAAAGAUGGAUCCUACAGGUGAAGUAGAGAGGUCUGUUGCAUCUGAGGGUUAUGCCAUGUCUAAGGUUGCUUCGCUAGAAGCAAUGGUCAGAGAGAGAGAUCUAGAGAUAGAGUUGUUGAAAAAGAAGUAUGAGCAAUGUGUAAGCUCAGUUCAGAUCCUUGGGAGUAGUUCGGAGUCUGAGCAUACGGCACAUGCAGAGGCAUACAAAAGAAAGGAGAAAGCACCUUCCUUCGAGUUAGAAUCGAUGCAGGAAAGACAAAAUUUACUUCAGCAGAAAUUAGCUUCUGGCCAUUUAAAUGAAUCUGCACCAGGUUUUGGGCUGAGAACAUACUCUGGUAGGAAACGCUCAAGGCUAGUUCCUGAUGUGGGUUUUUAUUCUGCUGAAGAAGGAAGUUAUGAAGAAAUAGCUGCAGAAACGGAAAUGCCUACGAGCACAUCAGCUCUGCAAAGAUGCACAACAACAGAAGUUUAUUCUAUUUUUAAGGGAAAUGAAGAACACAGUGAAUAUCAGAAGGCUCCUUCAGCUGACUACACCAAAUUAACUGUGAUGAAACUGCGGCAAGAGCUUAAUGAACAUGGUUUAAGUAGUGAAUUGCAAAAGCUGAAGUAUCCCAAGAAGAAAGAUAUCCUUGCUCUUUACAAAAAACUUAUCCUGGAGAAGUAACAAUUUUAGGCUUCCUAUACAGGGAUUUGUGUACUUCUGAUUCGUUAGAAGAAUUGUUUGGAAAAGGUCCAGGCAUGUGUAUAUGCGUGCGAACUUAUUAGCUAUAGCAUUGGUGAAGUUUUUUUGGCAUGGAUUGGAAUCAUUUAAUCAAGUGGGAAGAAAUUAUAGAGCCUA